UUUAUGCUUACAUUCUCAAUCACACAAAUGUAUUAAGAUAGCAAGUUCUACAAACCUUUCUACUGAUAUUCUGAAGCAGCAUGCGGUAAAUUACGUAGUUUAAAAAAAAUUGAAAAACAAGGUAGAGAUCAGAUCCAACAUGGAAUCAUGGUGAUAAAUUUAAAAAAAAAAAAAAGAAAACCAGAAGCUGGCUUAGCUCUUCAAUUAUUCGAAGGAGCAGAUCGAGUAGGGCAACACAGAUCAGCAAGAUAGACGAACACUCUUAGGUAAUUAUCCCCCAUGAGUACUGAAUGGUCGUCCAGCAACGCCAAUGACAUUCAAAAUCAGAGAAAAAGGCCCUUCCCAACAGAAGCUGCCAUCACACACUGCGUUGUUGUCGCCGUGGAUCACUCCUCUAUACACUAUAGAGUCUGCGCUGGAUGUGAAAGACCCCUCCCUGACCCCAAUCCCGACACUCCCUCGCCCGUUUGUAUGUACUGUUCUUCUUCGGCAUCCUCCAACCCCACACCCUCUGCUUCCAAACUUCUCUUCCGUGUCCUUAUGUCUAUAGCUACGGAUACCAAGGUAAUCGCGGUGAUAAUGUUUGACAGAGCGGCUAGGGUUCUGUUUGGCUGCUCCGCUGACGAGUUCUUUGAGUUCACCAAGACUCGUCCUUCUGCAGCUAGAAGUGCAGGUAAAGCUCUGGAAGGGGAGAUGCUGAGGAUUACAUUGUCACAACCCAAAAGUGGGAAUGCACGUAAUCUCAGAGUGGUUUCAGUCAUUCCCUUGAGGUCUGGUUUUCAGCCCAUUAUUACAACUUUGAGGGAAUUGUAUUUAGUGAAUGCUGUCUUGUAAUAAUAUUUUUGAUUUUUGAUGUCACAGAAUCUCUCACGUCUUCACUGACAUGAUUUUCUUUUUAUUUGCUCCUGCUUUGUUAUCUUUUUACAAAAUGUAUGUUUGUGUUAUAUCAUUUUCUGAUAAUGAAAUUUUGGUGAAUACUCAUGAUUUGAUUGAAAAGUACGUAAACCAUGGAAUAACGUGCACAUAAUGUUUACCU